GCCCAACAGUGAUGACGGGGGGGUUUCUAUUGUCCCGUGAGCCUCUACGUUCGGCCUUUGCCAGGGUAUAAAAGCUGGGGUCGGCUGUUGAAGGCACCAGCACGAGCCAGCCUCCCUCACACGGCACCGCAAGCUAAUCUAACGCAGACUCUCCUGAAGCCCCUCACCAUGUCUCAGACCGCCAAGUCCGCCUCCAACCAGGGCACCGACGCCAAGGACAAGGGAGCUCCAGCCCCAGCUGCCACCAGCAAGGCCACCAAGACCGGCGAGCCCGGCAUGGGAUCCUACAGAAUCAUGCUGUUCGACCAGGAGAACUUCCAGGGCAGGAUGAUGGAGGUCCAGAACGAGUGUAUGAACGUGUGUGACCGCGGCAUGGACAGAGUGCGUAGUAUCAUCGUGGAGUGUGGCCCCUUUGUUGCCUUUGAGCAGACUAACUUCCGUGGGGAGAUGUUCAUCCUGGAGAAGGGAGAGUAUCCUCGCUGGGAUACCUGGAGCAACUCCUACCGCAGCGACUGCCUCAUGUCCCUCAGGCCCAUCCGCAUGGACAGCAUGGAGCACAAGAUCUGCCUGUACGAGCUCUCCGACUUCAAGGGCAACAAGAUGGAGAUCCAGGAGGACGACGUGCCCACCCUCUGGGCGCACGGCUUCUGUGACAGAGUGGGCAGCGUGAGGGUCCCUGGAGGAGCUUGGGUGGGGUACCAGUACCCCGGAUACAGAGGCUACCAGUACCUGUUCGAGUGCGGUGACUACAGACACUACAACGACUUCUGCGCCUUCCAGCCCCAGAUCCAGUCCAUGCGCCGCAUCAGGGACAUGCAGUUCCACCAGAGAGGCUGCUUCACCUUCACCUCCGCCAGCAAGUGAGCGGCGCUAUCACAGCCCCCUCAGCUUUUUAUCUCCCCCCCAUCUCUCUCUUCUCUCUCUCUGGGCUCCAAUCCUUUCCUCCGCCACCACCACCACCACCACCACCUCCACCAUCAUCAUCCCGAAGGAAAGGCAGAAUGAGAGCAGACGACACUUUGGACGACCUUAAGUGACUUUUUAUGGUGCUAAGAAAAUAAAGAUGUUGUGAAAAACAUGAA